CCGUAGUACAUUUGGUCAUCUUAUGUAAAGAUAUGCUGACCAUUUGUUAAAAGAUGACAAGGACAUCCAUAGAUUGUGUUAAAAAUAAGCGAAGGAAAUAAUUAAAUAUCUUCGAUACACGGGAAUUUGAAUGAACUUUACUUUUCAUAUUUAAUAUUUAGUACUCACUUAUUUUUAAACCACAGGACACUUUCAAGAUGAUCAGUUUUGAAUUAAUCUAUGUUUUUGUAUGCUUGGCCCCCUUGGUCAAUUCGCAGACGACAAUUAGUGGAAAUGUACAGCAUGCCGUUUCCGGCGAUGCGCAGACAGUCCAGGAGUUGAAGUUGAUGUUGCAAACGCUGCACACACAGACGCAGUCGUUGCAGUCGCAGAUUGCCGCCAUACAUAGCACUCUUCUUACGCAGCAGACGAUGAGUGUAGAUGACAUCUGUAAACUAAUUUCUAGCACGAAAGCUGCAAGUGACCCAGUGGAUUGUGUUGACGUCAAAGACGCCGGAAAUACGAAAUCUGGAGUGUAUAAAGUGACGCCACCUGGUGAGGCUCAGAUAGAUGUUUACUGUGACAUGGAUACAGAGGGCGGAGGCUGGCUGCAAAUUCAAAAGAGACAGGACGGAUCUGUUGACUUCUACAAGACGUAUAGCGAGUAUGAAGCUGGCUUUGGUAACCUGACUGGAGAACAUUAUCUUGGGAACCGCAAUAUCCAUGCUAUAACAAAGUCCGGAAAGUACGAACUCCGUGUAGAGCUGGAAGAUUUUCAGAAGCACGUGAAAUUCGCGCAUUAUUCGUCGUUCAGUGUGGCCGAUGCUGCCUCUCACUACAAGCUUACUGUUGAUGGUUACAACGGUACAGCAGGCGAUUCUCUUAUAUUUGAUCACAAUGGACACGAGUUCUCGGCUCAUGACGCCGACAAUGAUGGUGCAAACAACAUUAACUGUGCGGAGAAACAACAUGGUGGCUACUGGUACUCUGCCUGCUUUAAGAGUAACAUUAAUGGGAAAUGGGGCGUUCCUGGUGAGCAAGGAAUCAUUUGGGGAUCCUAUAAAGACUGGACCUUGUACGUCUUAAAGAGAACCGAAAUGAAAAUUCGUCGUGUGAAGUAACAUGCAUUUUGGACAGCGAUGCUACAUGAUAACCAAGUGUUACUUGCUUUACGCAACCAAGUAGUUUUUACGAAAAUGACGCAAAUGUUUAUUUUUAAUACAUGUUUUUGUCACUGUUUGAUACUGUCAUGUUUAAAUAAACAAUAAAACGCAAAACUAGUA